CUCACUACAAACAUCAGCAUCAGUUUUCUGUUUUCUGUUUUCUGUUCUCCGUUUUAAUUUGUUAAAUUAAAUAUCCAAUCCUAACCAUGGCUUUCAAGUACGUCCUGCUGUCCUUCUGCGCUCUGGUGGGCGUGGCAAGUGCUGGCUACCUGGCUCCAGCCACCACCACCUAUGCCGCUGCCUCCAUUCCGGUGGUGGCCAAGGUGGCUCAGCCGCACUACGACGCGGUCGGCACCACCCAGCAGAAUGUGGUGCGCUCCUUCGGCGGCACUGUGUCCACCUACUCCAAGAACGUGGUCACCCCGUACUCGAGUGUCAGCAAGGUGGACUCGCGCAUCACCAACAACGUGUACACCCCGAAGACCCUCUACUCGGCCCCUGCUCCCGUGAUCACCAAGUCCUUCUACGCCGCUGCUCCAGCUCCGGUGGUGGCCAAGACCGUUUAUGCCGCUCCCGCUCCCGUUUUGGCCAAGACCGUCUACUCCGCCCCAGCUCCAGUUUACGCUGCUCCUGCUCCCGUUUUGGCCAAGACCGUGUACUCUGCCCCCGUGGCCAAGGCCGUCUAUGCUGCCCCAGCUCCAGUUUACGCCGCUCCUGCUCCCGCUCCCGUUCUGGCCAAGACCGUCUACUCCGCUCCAGCUCCGGUUUACUCCACUGCUCCUGCCGCCUUUGUGAAGUACUCGCCCGCUGCUGUGGUCGCCCACGCCAGCUUCGAUGGAUUCGGUUCCCACUGGGGCUACUAGGGUGUGAUAACCCAACCUUUAUUGACACUUUGUUGAUUUGUCCGUACGAAAUAAAAACAGU